AGUUGCGCCUUCUCCUCUGCUGUAAGGCUGUCUGCUCUGGCCUGAACAAGCAUCGCCCACUUAAAUAAUACACCAAAUACUGUGGAUUUUACCGCGAAAUCUGGAUCUGCACACGGACAUGGAUUCACCCUCGCCAUAUACGAGUGGAUUAUAAACACGCGGGAUUCAAAGCAUGCUAUCACAGGCCCCCAGCACUUACUACACACUAAAGAAACUGCAAGCCUGACUGCAUCUCAGUCUGCUCUGCAAUCAACCACAGCAUCCUGAGUCCCUGUGGAGAAUGAAGAUGACUGAGGCUGGAAGUUAAGAGCCCUCAACCAGAGAGAGCGUGUUCCAGGACUGGGGCUGGACCCAGAGACCCCUGACCGGGGGGGGGUGAGGGCCCUUACAGCCCUGUGUGAGUCUGGACCAUGGGGGAUGGAGGCGCCGGGGCUACUGGAGGAGAUGGGGUGAACCGGUCCCAUGUCCUGUUCGACAACUUUGUCCAGGCAACCACGUGUAAGGGCACGCUCAAGGCCUUCCAGGAGCUGUGCGACCACCUGGAAGUCAAGCCCAUCGAGUCCAGGAUCUUCUACCACAAGCUCAAGUCCAAACUCAACUACUGGAAGGCCAAGGCACUCUGGGUAAAGUUAGAUAAGAGGGCUAGCCAGAAGGAGUACAAGAAAGGCCGUGCAUGUGCCAACUCAAAGUGUCUGAUCAUUGGUGCAGGACCAUGCGGCUUACGUACAGCCAUCGAGCUGGCUUUCCUGGGGGCCAAAGUGGUGCUGCUGGAGAAGAGAGAUGCCUUCUCUAGGAAUAAUGUGCUGCACCUCUGGCCCUUCACCAUUCAGGACCUCAGGGGCCUCGGGGCAAAGAAGUUCUAUGGAAAGUUCUGUGCUGGUGCUAUCGAUCAUAUCAGUAUUCGUCAGCUUCAGCUAAUGCUGCUCAAAGUGGCUCUCCUGCUGGGCAUAGAGAUCCAUGUCAAUGCCGAGUUUAAGGGCCUCAUUGAGCCCCCUGAAGAUCAAGAGACUGAAAGGAUUGGUUGGAGGGCUGAGGUCCACCCCAGGACACACCCUGUCAAUGAGCUGGAGUUCGAUGUCAUUAUUGGAGCAGAUGGAAGGAGAAACACGCUACCAGGGUUUCGGCGUAAGGAGUUCCGGGGCAAGCUUGCCAUUGCCAUCACCGCUAACUUCAUCAACAGGAACACGACAGCGGAGGCAAAAGUUGAGGAGAUCAGCGGGGUGGCCUUCAUCUUCAACCAGAAGUUCUUUCAAGACCUCAGAGAAGCAACAGGUAUUGACCUGGAAAACAUUGUCUACUACAAGGAUGACACGCACUACUUUGUGAUGACUGCCAAAAAACAGAGCCUGCUGGAGAAAGGAGUCAUUCUGCAUGACUAUGCAGACACAGAAGUGUUGCUGUCCAGGGCUAAUGUGGACCAGGCUGCCCUGCUGUCUUAUGCCCGCGAGGCUGCAGAUUUCUCCACCAACCACCAGCUUCCCACGCUGGACUUUGCCAUCAACCACUACGGCCAGCCUGACGUAGCCAUGUUCGACUUCACCUGCAUGUACGCGUCAGAGAACGCCGCCCUGGUGCGCCAACGCAACGGCCACAAGCUGCUGGUGGCGCUUGUGGGAGAUAGCCUGUUGGAGCCCUUCUGGCCCAUGGGCACUGGCAUCGCCCGAGGUUUCCUGGCAGCCAUGGACUCAGCUUGGAUGGUGAAGAGUUGGGCUCAGGGAAAAACUCCUCUAGAGGUUCUGGCUGAGAGGGAGAGUAUAUACCGUCUACUGCCCCAAACCACACCAGAAAACGUCAGUAAGAACUUCAGUCAUUACAGUGUGGAUCCUACUACACGUUACCCCAACAUUAGCCUCAACUUCCUCAAGCCCAGCCAGGUGAGGCACUUCUUUGACACGGGGGAGUCCAGGGAAAUGCGCAUUGAAAUUGAGAAUGUGAUCAACUCGUCCACACCCAAGUUGGCCAGGAAUGAGUCCAUAGCUCGGUCCAGUAAACUGCUCAACUGGUGCCAGAGACAAACGGAGGGAUACAGGAACGUUCACGUAACGGACCUUACUAUGUCUUGGAAGAGUGGUCUGGCCCUGUGUGCCCUCAUUGACCGAUACAGACCGGACCUCAUUGACUUUGAUUCCCUGGACGAGCGAGACCAGGAGAAGAACAACCAGUUGGGUUUUGACGUGGCGGAGAGGGAAUUUGGCAUCUCGCCGUGUAUGACUGGCAAGGAGAUGUCUUCUGUGGUAGAGCCAGACAAACUCUCUAUGGUCAUGUACCUCAGCCAGUUCUAUGAGAUGUUUAAGGACACAGUGCCACCUGGAGAUAACCACAACUUGAGUCCUGAGGAGAAAGCAGCACUGAUCACCAGCACCAAAUCUCCCAUCUCCUUCCUCAGCAAACUUGGUCAGAGCAUAGCAAUCUCCAGGAAACGAAAUCCAAAGGACAAAAAAGAGAAGGAUGUGGACGGUUUGGGGAAGAGAAGGAAAACCAGCCAGUCUGAAGAUGAGGAGGUAUCCAGGGCCAGUCGUGACGACAGGCCGUCUGUCCCAGCUAUCCUGUCGGAGAGAAAAAUGGACUCCUCUGCUGUGGGGAACCACAACAAAGUCAAGGUCAUGGCCAACCAGCUGCUGGCCAAGUUUGAGGAGAACGCUCCACAACCUACAGGACUCAAAAGACAGGGGGAGUCUCUGCCCAAUCUGGAUCGUCUUUUGUCCCCUACCACGCCCCAAACCCCUCUUAAUGAGCCAGUGCGCCUUGCACCUGUCCCAGCCUGGAGAAAGGGCUCUCUCAGAAAAGAGUUCCCUGUCAAUAUUGGCGGCAGCGAUGUGUGCUUCUUCUGCCGAAAGCGUGUGUAUGUGAUGGAGAGGCUGAGUGCAGAGGGGAAGUUCUUCCAUCGCAGCUGCUUCAAGUGUGAAUACUGUGGCACCACACUACGACUUUCCUCCUAUGCCUUUGAUGUGGAAGAUGGGAAAUUUUACUGCAAGCCCCACUACUGUUACCGUCUCUCUGGCUACGCUCAGAGAAAGAGGCCUGCUCCCUCCCCUGCUCCAAUCACUGCUAAGGAAAACCAGGCACCCCAAACUCCUACGGCGACCGUGGACGCCCCCGGAAGAGCGAUGGCAGCAGCAGUCCCCUCGGCCGAGCUCCAGCCCUCAGUACCGGAGGUCAACGGCCUGCAGGAGCCUAGUCUAGCUAAGCGUCUGCGGGGAACUCCAGAGCGCAUCGAGUUGGAAAACUACCGCCUGUCCCUGCAGCGGGAGGAGGAGCUGGAGGAGGUGCCAGAGGAGACACUGGCAGAGCACAACCUCAGCAGUGUGCUGGACAAGGCCACAGAUGCUGACCUGGGCUCCAGUAGCUCGGAGUCAGACAUGGAGGAGGAGGACGAGCAGGAGGACCAGGAUCAGGAUCAAGAGGAGGUGGAACAGCAAGCUCCCAGCCCCUCAGACCUUGGCGGCGUUCCCUGGAAGGAUGCGGUAGGGCUUCACGCCAAGCUGAGGGGUGAGGAGGGAGAGGACGAGGCUUUGGCCGACGCGGUCAGCAGAGACGGGGAAGUAGAUGAAGAGGAGGAGGAGGAGGAGGAGGAGGAGGAGGAGGAGGAUGAAGAUGAGGAUGAAGAUGCUGAGGAGUCAAGCGAUGAGGGGGAUUACUGCCCCUGGAAUAGAGAGCUCCAGUCAGGCCUUUGGCUGGAGAAGUACCUCACAGAUGAAGAGGAUGUUGGUACAUUUAAAGCCAGGAACGUACAGAUCCAACAAAUCCUGCAGCCUGUGGAUCCCCAGGCCAUUCCAGGUUUGGUGAGAACACACCUCGACUCUGAGGGAGACAAGGAUGGCCAGCCGGCCUCUGCCUCCCAACUCUCCCAGCCCUCUGAGCUCACGCAGCCCUCCUCCACAGCCCCUGCCCACACAUCCGCCCGACACGAGGCAGUGAGAGUCUGGUUGGAGUCCAUGUCUGGAGAGCCCUGUGAGGAUGAGGAUCUAGAAGCAGAAGCAGACAGUCCAGAUAUGGAACCUGGUACAGAGAUGGAUCAGGAUGACAUCCCUUCAGAUGCAGAGGCUGAGGCUCGUUUGCAUCAGCCUGAGUGUGCUGAAGUGCUUCCAGAGGAAGACAAGAAAUCAGAAAGUCUGACUGUCACCUCCAGUAUUGAACCAUCCUGUGUCAGCCCCAUGCAGAAAGAAGAAGUUGUCCUUUCCCCACUCAAACCAGCUCCAGAGCCUGAAACACAGUCUCCGGGCUCCCGCUUUUUCCCAGACCUGUUCAUUCCUGAGGAAGUGAAGAGGAUAACUCCAUGUCCUUCUCCAGCCGCCAAGAGUCCACUGUGCCCUUCGCCAGUCCAGGAUCCUUCUUCUGUCCCUUCUCCUACUAUUGCUGCCGCUGCUUCCCCUGUCAAUGUCUCUGCUUCACCUCCACUUAUUUCACCCACCAAAUCACCCAAUAGCUCUCCAGUCAAGCCAGACAUCGAGUCACCUGUCAGAUCACCCAUCAGAUCCCCCGUCAAGUCACCUGUUGGCUCCCCAAUCCGCUCUCAGCCCACCCCCCUACCAGAGACUUGCAGGCCUAAAUCUCCGGUCUAUCCUCACCGCUCUAUUUGCCCUCUCACGGGCAACCCCCUCUCCCCGAUCUGUGCUCAGCCUUUGCCCUGCCAGGAACCUUCAUCCCCUCUCACCUCUGACUCUCCCGUGAGAACUCAGCCUGUCCCCGCAGUCACUUCUACGCCCAUGACCAAAACAGACAAGGGAACACCUGAGUCCUCGAUGCCCAUAGAUUCCUCAACAGAGGAAACUCCAUCUAAAAAGGCAGAUAUCAUUGAGGAAUUUUGGUUAAAGAGUGCAGAGAUCAGGAAGAGCCUCGGGUUAUCUCCUUUGGACCGCAGUAGUAAAAUCUUAGAGAGGAGCGCUGUUAAGGCUCCAACGCAGGACUCCACCCCUGUUAAGACUCAUUAUCCAGGUGUGUCUGAGGAACAGAAGCCUGCUUUUACUGGCCGCGCUGUCAUUCGCAGACUCAACAUCACUCUUGAGGGUCAGGUCAUUACCCCCAUUGCUCCUGCAGAGCCCAAGAGUAAUGGCUCUGAUAAGAGGGACCUCAGCAGCAGCUCUGGCUUGGGGUUGAAUGGAAGCAUGCCCACGAGCCAGACAGCAAACAGUGACAGCUACAGCACGUCUGACUCCACUAUGCUCACCCCACCCUCCAGCCCACCACCACCUGUGCCUGCUAAUCAGUCUCCAGCCGUGCUCAGGCAGCAGAGACACCAGGUGUCCUGGAGCAACGGAACAGAGAAACCUCCAUUUGAAAGUGCCAAAGAGCCAGCAAAAACCAAGAGUCCUAUUCCUGCUCCGAGGGCCCAGCUGAGUCCCGUGUCUGCACCCAAACCCGCACCCAGGAAAGCCGCCUCACCCGAGGCAAAUCCCGAAGCUGCUCCAGUCGUUGUCAUGAGGGAGAAGAAGAAGAAGCCCCGGCCAGAGGAGGUGAGGAAGUCGUUUGUGGAGACAGUGGAGGAGAUUCCGUUUGCUGAUGACGUGGAGGAAACCUACGAUGAGCGGACACCAGACACGAGCAUGAACAGGUACUAUACUCCACCCACCAGCAAACCCUGCAGGGACAAACCUCCCCUACAUCUGGCUCUAGCAAUGGAAAACGGUAAACCCAAUAUCUCUGUCAACCCAACCUCAAAGAACCAGAGGGCAACUCAGUUCUCCCCAGAGGCUAAGGAGAUCGCUGAGGAGAGAAUAAGGGCACGAGAAAAGUCCAUCAAGAGCCAGGCUCUGAAAGACGCCAUGGCCAAGCAGCUGAACAAAAUGAAAGAAUCUGACAUAGACAAGGGUGCCUCACCUAAAGUGGCCUGGAGUGUAACCCCAGAGGCUGCUGGAAAAAGUAAAAAAUCAGCCGUAUCUCCGAAGAUGUCAGCCGUGAAAGCCCUGGAGUCGAAGAAGGCAGAGACUAUACCCGAGCGUUUCUUCAGCAGCAACAAGAGUCUGGACAGCUCGGUGGCAUCGUCGGAUGGCUCCUCUACGAGUAAGAGCAAAAAACGAAGUUCCCUCUUCUCACCGCGCAAGAAUAAGAAGGAGAAAAAGGCCAAGAACGACAGCAGCAGGCUCUCCGGCACGGACGAGACACCGCCCAAACACAAGUCACUGUGGAAGGCUGUCUUCUCAGGGUACAAGAAGGACAAAAAGAAAAAGGAUGAUAAAUCAUGUCCAAGCACGCCAUCCUCAAGUUCCACCACUCAGGACUCUGGGAAGAAGAAAAUGUCACCUCCUGGGAAAUCAUCAGACUUGAAAUCACGCAGAAACUUGAGCUUCUCAGAGGACUCAGACCUGUCCUGCGACGAUGUCCUGGAGAGGUCCUCCCAGAAGUCAAAGGCAGAUCGGCAUUCGGACAUCUUUGACCUAGUGUCAGGCAUGCAGAGGGAAGCGAUAAAGGAGGAGAAACUGGAGAAAGAGAAGAGGAGGGAGUUAAAGGAAAGAAAGAGGGUGAAAGAGAGGCAUAAAGAAAGAGAGCGGGAAAAAGAGGUUGCUCGAGAAAAGGAGAAAGAUGAUGAGGAGUCUGUUUAUGUCCCUCACGCACUGGCAUUCAAGAGAUCGUACGCCUCAAAGAAAACCUACACAGAAGAAGAGCUGAAUGCCAAGCUGACACGAAGGGUCCAGAAGGCCGCACGACGACAAGCCAAGCAGGAAGAACUCAAGAGGCUGCACAGAGCCCAGAUCAUCCAGAGGCAGCUGGAGCAGGUGGAGGAGAAGCAGAGACAGUUGGAAGAGAGGGGCGUAGCUGUGGAAAAAGCUUUGAGAGGAGAAGCAGGAUUGUAUAAAGGUACUUAUACAUUACCCAAACAGCACAAAAGAAGAUCAGACUAUUGGGGAGAUUCUAAUUACAGUGAAAUCCUGGACUUGCAUCUGGGCGGCAUGGGCAAGAAGGAUGAUCCCAAGCUAAUGCAAGAGUGGUUCAAGCUGGUGCAGGAGAAAAAUGCCCUGGUCCGCUAUGAGUCAGAACUCAUGAUAUUUGCCAGAGAACUGGAGCUGGAGGACCGGCAGAGCCGACUGCAGCAGGAACUCAGGGAGCGAAUGGCUGUGGAAGACCACCUGAAGACUGAGAAGGAGCUCGCACAAGAGAAGCAGAUCCUGAAUGAGAUGUUGGAGGUGGUGGAGCAGCGUGAUGCCCUGGUGGCCCUCUUGGAGGAGCAGAGGCUUCGGGAGAAGGAGGAGGACAAGGACCUGGAGUCCGUUAUGCUCUCCAAAGGAUUCAACCUCAACUGGGCUUAAGAGGAGUGAAACAAUUGACUUCUGUAAUGGUCAUCUUUGAAUCAGAAUAGGCUGCUGAACACCUGCAGCAGUGAAUGUGUAAAGAUUCCCCCAACACAUAUACACACACACACACACACACACACUACGGCUGUCUCUGACAUUGGGGUAGUCUGCAACGUUUACAUAUCCUCUGCCCAAAGGCAGUCCAAGUUAAUCACUUUGCAGUUUUGCUUGCUCUCUCUCUGUGGGUGGAGAGGCGAGGACAUUCACAGCUUUAUCAUCCCAGCCUUGAAGUGGAUUCUCUCAAACAGGGAAGGGAGGAGGGACGGGGGGCUUGGGGAGAAUGUUAAAGACUCGUUUCAUUCUCGAUUAUCUAAAGGGAAUAGUGCAGUUCAGUCCUGCUGAUGUAAAGGAAUUGUAAAGAAUUGUGUUUUUCUGUAUAGUUGUGUAGAACAAGUCACAUAUUCAGCGUAGGAGGGUCAUCUCUUCCAUAAAGGACUGCUGCAGAGGUGGGUUUUAAAUGCUGGAGUGAUGUCUCCAGUGUCGAUCUCAGAUUCUCCUUUUCAGUCUGACUGUGGGAAGGACAUCCUCAGCUGAAGCUGCCUUUCUAUCCAGUGACAAACUGACUUCCGCAUCUUAAUGAACCACAAAGACAACAAGGAAAUCUAGCCCCCUCUCUUUUUUUCCCUCCACAGAGUGUUUAGUGAGUCAACACUAAGAAUUCAUUAAAUAAGGCCAUGUUUUUAUGCAUUUAUUAUCUUUUGUUUGCAUUUAACAGAUAAAUAUUUUCUUUUGUUUUGCAUUCACAGGAGAGUGCCCAGAAUCUCAUUGUCUUGUACUUGUGCAUAUCUCCCAGGCACCCGUAAGCCAUUGCAUGUCGGGAAUGAAGGCUGCAGGCAAAUAGAAGAACUUAACCUUGUCUUUGAUAGCGAGGACACAGAAAACAGACUUACACUUUAUAGGAACACUAAAUCAUUUCACAUGACUUGAUAAUGACGGGCCUCUUCAGGACAUGCCAUUCACUGUAUAUCACACUGACAGUUUGAAGUUUACAAAUACAUAUUGAUCGUGUUCAAGAUGGUAAACUGUAGCGAGGUAAAACAACUGUUAAAAGGAGUCAUCUCUGAAGGAACUGUCUCGUCAUGUUCAGAUACGUGUCCUACAAUAUGUGUAGGACGUCAUCGUUAAUGAAGCCGAUUUCACUGUUAGUGGAUGGUCAGCGUAGCUCACAUUAUUCAUUUUGUGCCACAGGACUGUCUCUGUUGGUGGAUGCGCUGCAAUAUCUGAGGAGUACACCACAAGAACUUACACACUUACACCAGUAUAUGGCAGUGUUAAUACUUUACCCUUGAACUAGAUGCCUUUUUUUAUUUUCAUUCUCCAUACUUAUUAUAUUAUAUUAUUUCAUUUCUGAGUUAUCUUGUUUUGGAGGUAGUCACAUCCAUGUAACCCACUGGAACUUGAGAUUUUUUUACCUGUUUUUUUUUUUUUCUCAAAUACUUUUAUCCAGCCGGUCCCCAAACAAACAAAUAGAUUACUUUAAAUGGGGCGCUAAAGAAAUGCAAAGUGCUUGAUGAGCAACUUGUAUCAAACAGGAACAUUGUGGUUUAUCUGGUAGGCAGUCACAUCCAGUAGCCUUUAUGACAACUGUACAAAUCCAGGCGGUCACUGUUUUACAGCACAGAAACACUAGAGGCUAUAUUUAUGACUUGGUAUGAGCUGUGAAUAUAUAAAAAAAAAAAAAAAAAAAAAGAAAAGAGGAAAAAAAAGUUAUAUAAUUUUAAGGGUUGUCAUUUUAGAUGGUGCGUCACACAUUUGACAUGAUUGUAUUGAUAUUUAUUAACAUUUGUGCAAACUGUAUUAUAUGUAAAGAAAAUGAAUCCUAAUUUUUAAAGCGUUCUGUUGACACAAGACUUGUAAUGUAAAUGCUUCAUGUAGCUAAAAUGCAUAGGGGUGUUGGAUGUAUGCUGAAAACGGCAAUAAAACAAUGCAGUUGUUCUUUUAACUGUUUGUUCACUAAAAUGUUAUUUUUUAAUUGUAUGGAUUAUGAUUAUCAACAAGUAGGAUCAAUAUGGGCAGAAAUGUCGACGUGAUAUGAAAACUUUCUUUGAUCGUGAAGCCUUAUUUUACUCUUCAGUUCUGUGGUUUAUCAGUGAAGUGUGUCAGUUGCACUGCAGACACUCUGCUCAUAUGAAACGUCUGUAUCCUCACUGCGCUGCAUUAUUAUAAACUAUGAUGAAAUAGCCAUGA